AUGACUAUUUUCAUGAAAGACGCUUCCUUGGAGCUAUUAUGCCUGUAUCUUGGUAUAUGUCAUUAUCUUUAUCAAUAUGUCUUUGGUGACUGUCUGAUAAAUUCUUCUGCUCCUUUCAUCCAGGAAAGGUAUGACAAGCCUACAAUAGAAGAAAAUGCCUUUGAAGCCUUGGAAAAAGACUUCCAAGAAGUCAUCAAUGAGCUUACAGGAGAUCAAAGCUUGGAAAAAUUUCGUGUGGAAUAUGAGAAGCUCCAUGCAGUUAUGAAAAAAUCCUAUGAGAAUGAAAAGCGCCUCAUGGCGAAAUGCAGAGAACUUAACGCAGAGAUUGUGGUCAAUUCAGCUAAAGUGGCUACUGCCCUGAAGCUCUCUCAGGAUGAUCAGACAACAAUAGCAUCAUUGAAAAGGGAAAUUGAAAAGGCCUGGAAAAUGGUGGAUGCAGCCUAUGAGAAGGAGCAGAAAGCAAAAGACACCAUUCUGUCCCUUAAAGAGGAAAUUGUGAACUUGACUAAAUUAGUGGAACAAGGAUCCGGAUUAUCGCUAGGCCAAGAACACAACAUGCGGGAACUGCUAAGAUUUAAGGAGGAAGUAACCAAGGAGCGAGACCAGCUUUUGUCAGAGGUUGUAAAGUUACGAGAAAAUGUAACAAAUAUGACAGACCAACAGACAGAGGCAGAAAGGACAAAAAUUGAGGCAGACUCCACCAUUACACAGCUCAGUCAGGAAAUCCAGUUGCGUCAGAAUGAGGCUUCCCGUGAGUCCCGGAAGAAAGAAAAAAUGGAGAGGGAACUGAAACAGCUUCACCUUGAUUUGGACAAUAAAAUGGCUGAAUUGAAAACAAUGCAGCAGGGGAUGCAUAAAAACAAGGAGGAACUCAUGAAGCUUGAACAGCAACUCAAAGAGCAGAAGAUCCUGAAUGAAAGAGCCACAAAAGAACUGGAACAGUUUACAGUGAGAAAUGCUAAACUGCAGCAAGACAAUGAACAGCACAGCUUGGCCAUUGAACAACUCAUGCAGGAGAACCAGCAGAAAACCACAGAGCUGAGAGCAAGAGAAGAUGAGGUGUCUCAGAUGCGCCAAGAAAUUUCAAAGCUUUCCAAAACAAGAGAGCUUAUGCAGCGAAAACUACGUGUUGUGGAGGAACAUAAAACGCAGGCGGAAUGUGAAAGAGACACCCUUAAAAAUCAGAUCAAUGGGCUGGAGAAAGAGUUGGAAGCAGCAAAAAGGCAAGGAGAAAUUGAUAAAAAAGCUAUAGAUGAACUUGUGAGAGAAAGGGAUAUCUUGAACAAGAACUUGCUGAAAGCUGCCAGUGUCACUCAGAAGCAGAUGAACCUUGUGAAACUCCAUGAACAAUCGAAGAAGAAUCUGGAAGAGGAAAUUCAAAAUUUUAAGGAUGAGGCUCAGAAACAGAGAAAGAUUAUCUUUCAGCUGGAAAAGGAGAGAGACCGCUAUAUCAAUGAAGCUAGUGAGCUCACACAAAAGGUCCUUCAUCAUAUGGAAGAUAUCAAAGUGCGGGAAAUGCAGAUCUUUGACUACAAGAAGCAGAUAGCAGAGUCUGAGACAAAAUUAAAACAGCAGCAGAAUCUCUAUGAAGCUGUGAGAUCAGAUAGAAACCUCUACAGCAAAAAUCUAAUUGAAGCACAGGAUGAGAUCACUGAAAUGCGAAAGAAGCUGAAGAUUAUGACACAUCAGGUGGAUCAGCUGAAAGAAGAGAUCACUGCUAAGGAGGCAGCCCUCGUGAAAGUGCAUUUGGAUCACCAGAGGAUAGAAAAAGAGAAAGAGGCAUUAAAGAGUGAACUACUUAAAAUGAGACAACAAGCUCUGGAGACUAAACAUUUUAUUGAAAAACAAGAAGAGGAAGAAAGAAAACUCUUGAAAAUUAUUUCUGAGGCUGAUGCAGAGAGGAUGAGACAGAAGAAAGAGUUAGACCAGGUUAUUAGUGAGAGAGACAUCCUGGGGAGCCAGUUGGUUCGCCGCAAUGAUGAAUUGGCUCUUCUGUAUGAGAAGAUUAAAAUCCAGCAGUCAAUUCUGAAUAAGGGGGAAAUGCAAUAUCGGCAAAGAGUAGAAGACAUCCGGCUGCUUAAGCUGGAGAUCAAGAAACUUCGACGGGAGAAAGGAAUACUUGGCAAAAGUGUGGCUAACGUGGAAGAACUCAGACAGGAGGUUUAUCACAUGCAGAAAGAGUUGUUGAAGGAAAGGACCCGCUGUAGAGCCCUGGAGGAAGAGCUGGAGAAUCCCAUGAAUGUUCAUAGAUGGAGAAAACUGGAGGCUAGUGACCCAAGUACCUAUGAGCUGAUACAGAAGAUACAUGCACUGCAGAAACGGCUUAUCAGCAAGACAGAAGAAGUGGUUGAAAAAGAGUUGCUUCUCCAG